AUGACUCUGAAUAAUCAAGAUAAUAUUCAAGUCACCAGUGUGUUGAGUCACACAAAUUUGGAAAGUCACGAGGUAAACCUUCAGGCUUUGACUUCUCAUCCAAUGUCACUUGGAGAAGUUGGAACAUCAUUGACAAAUGCUCAGAAGGACUUUGUUUUGCACAGGUUGCAUUUCGAUGCUUUGGAAUCUUUUGAUGACUUGCCCCCACAGGCAACAUUUAUCUUUGAGAAAAUUGAGGAAAUGCCAACAGAGGAGGCAGUUGAGAUAUUGAAAGAAGCUAUCAAGGAACAUGAAAACGAUGUGAACAUCAUGGAGCCAGACAUUAAGUUGUGGAAGGAGUUGGUCAAUUAUUAUGAACCCAAGAGCGAAGUAAAGGAUAAGUUGGGAAAGGUCUUUGAACACAAAUCUCAAAUGACUGAAUCUUUUGGUGAUAGAGAAACUGAAAAGUCGCACGGGUUUGCAAGCAAGAUGGGAUCCAUCAUUCACUCGAUUAAGAGAGUCUCAGAUCUAGAGGAUAAAAGCUCAUUUACAUCUGAGAAACAAGGCUCAUCUUCCUUAAGUGAUGCUGAUGAACAUAAGGUGGACUAUUACAAAAUGGUGGACAGGGAUUUACAAUUGAGAUUGGAAGCUGUUAUUGUUGCAUAUUGGUCCCCAUACCCACAAGUUAGAGCCAUCACCGACCCCUUUGACGAUCCAACCAUCCCUGUGGAAACUUUGAGAGUCUACAUAAUUUCUUUGAUCUGGGUCGGGUUGGGUGCUGUAAUCAACCAAUUUUUUGUUGAAAGAUAUCCAGCAAUCAGUCUUAGUCUGUCUGUUGUGCAAGUGUUUUUGUAUCCAAGUGGAAAAAUUUUGGAAUGGAUUUUGCCAAAGUGGAAGUUUAAAGUUUUGGGUUUGGAGAUUGACUUGAACCCAGGUCCGUACACGUACAAAGAGCAAAUGUUGGCAACCAUUACUUGUGGUGUAUCCUCUGGUACAUCCUACGUCUCAACAAAUAUCUUGAUGCAGAAAUCUGAUAUAUUUUACGGCAACAAUUGGGUUGAUUUUGGCUACCAGAUCUUGCUCACGUUGUCCACCCAAUAUAUGGGAUUCUCGUUGUGUGGGUUGCUUAGAUCAUUUGCUGUCUAUCCGGUUAAGGCAGUGUGGCCAACGUUUUUGCCAACAUUGAGAUUGAAUAAGAUUUUGACGUCUCCAGAGAAAAAGACAAACAUCAACGGCUGGACAAUAUCGGGUUACAAUUUGUUCUUUAUUGUUGCUGCUGUGUCAUUCAUCUACUUCUGGGUUCCUGAUUACUUGUUCACAUCAAUCUCACAAUUCAAUUGGAUGACAUGGAUCAAACCGGACAACUUUAAUCUCGCUCUUGCUACUGGUUCCUAUGGUGGACUUGGUGUCAACCCAAUCCCCUCCUUGGACUUUAACGUUAUUGGCACAGAUGGUUUUUACUAUCCAUUUUAUUCUACUGUCAUUGGAUAUGCUGGUUUGGUUGUCUCGAUGUUUGCGGUGAUUGGUGUUUAUUACAGUAACACCUCUUGGACCAGCUAUUUGCCUAUCAACUCCCAAUAUUUAUAUUCCAAUACGGGUGAGUUGUACGAUGUGAAAUCUUUAGUUAAUGAAAAAAGUUUGUUUGAUGACAAAAAGUAUCAAGAGAUUGGUCCACCAUUCUAUUCUGCUGGUAAUUUGGUGGUAUAUGGCGCAUUUUUUGCAUUGUACCCAUUUCACUUUGUCUAUGAACUUGGAACCCAAUGGAGGCCAAUGUAUGAAGCUACAGUCUCAGUUUUGAAAGGCUUCAGAAACUUUAAAAGAUCUGUUUACGAAGGUUUGACCGACCCGCACUCAGUGAUGAUGAAAGCUUAUCCAGAGGUUCCUGAGUGGGCUUAUACUAUCAUUUUGGUGAUUUCGUUGGUAUUGGCCAUUUUGUGUGUGAAGUUGUAUCCUGCCGAAACUCCAGUUUGGGGUAUCUUUUUUGCGUUGGGUAUCAAUUUCUUGUUUUUGAUUCCAUUAACCACAGUUGCUUCGAGAACCGGCUUCAGUUUUGGAUUGAAUGUGUUGGUUGAGUUGAUUGUCGGGUAUGCAAUUCCAGGUAAUGGUCUCGCGUUGUCCUUCAUAAAAGCCUUGGGAUAUAAUAUUGACGGACAAGCAAACAAUUUCGUGAAUGACUUGAAGAUGGGACACUAUGCAAAAGUUCCACCUCGUGCAAUGUUCAGAACUCAGUUAUUGUCGGUGUUGGUGACCGCUUUUAUUCAAUUAGGUAUUUUGAAUUACCAAAUCACUGGUAUCAAAGACUAUUGUGAUCCAGAAAACAAGCAAAAGUUCUUCUGUUACGGCACAAACACAUUCUACAACGCAUCAAUUUUGUGGGGUGUCAUUGGUCCAAAAAGAGUCUUUGGCGGUUUGUAUCCAGUGUUGAAAUAUUGUUUCCUUAUUGGGUUCCUCGCUGGUUUAGUUUGUGUGGUGAUAAAGAGAUUAGCUCCUAGAAAGUAUACCAAGUACUUCGAACCUGCUAUUUUCUUGGGAGGAUUUAUUGGAUGGGCCCCUUCCAACUUGUCGUACAGCACUGGUGGCUUGUAUUUGGGUUAUGCAAUGAUGCACUAUGUUAAAAGAAAGUACGAAGCUUGGUGGCAGAAAUACUGUUAUCUUUUUGGUACUGGUAUUGAAGCUGGUAUCGCCUUCUCUUCAAUCAUCAUCUAUUUUGCUGUUCAAUACCACGAGGUGGACAUUAAUUGGUGGGGUAAUAGCGUAUCUUACAGUGGAUUAGACUACCAAAUGAGGCAAUACGGAUCAAGAUUAAAUGCUACUACAGAUGCUCCUGAUGGGUAUUUUGGACCAAGAAAGGGUCAUUUUCCAUGA